AUGAUGAUGACGGCGUGCCGUCUGCUGUGCGCCCUGUUGGUGCUUGCCCUGUGCUGCUGCCCGUCCGUGUGCGCUGCACAGGAUGUACCGGCUCAAGCUUCUUUCCAGACAAUGACUACUACAGCAGAGAAACCAGGCAGGAAGAAGAAGAGGUCUGAAGUUCUUUUCAAGGAAAAUGUGAUUACAACAACAACACGAGUCGUUGACUCCAAGCCUGAGGAUGACACACGUGGAACCGCCACCACUCUUCCUUCCCCUUCAGCAGAGGGAGAACGGGGGAAAGGUAAGACGGGGACGUCAGGUGUGGUGCCCGCUGCGGAACAGGAAGAUACUGCCAGAGAUGGACAAACUUUGACUGGUCCAGAUUCGUAUUCAAUUGUUGCUACCAGUACUUUACAGAGAGAGGGUACGGAUGGUACAUCAGGGACACAAAGCCGCACGAGUACGGCUGCAGAACAAGCAACUGAGGAAGCCAAGGAUCCUGCCGCGACGGCCACGACGAAGACUACAACAAAGGCACCAAGCACUACUACAACCACCACUGCACCCGAGGCACCAAGUAAUACGGCCAUGAAUACAGAGGCGCCAACCACGACGACCACCCGCGCACCGUCACGUCAUCGCGAAAUCGACGGCAGCCUCAGCAGCUCUGUGUGGGUGUGUGCCCCGCUGGUGCUCGCCGCAUCCGCGCUGGCGUACACCACUCUGGGCUAA